GAGGGUGACGUGUGGCACGUAGAACAUCCACACCUCUUCCCAUACAUAUGUGAAGUUUUCAAGUCUUGGUUUACAUAUUUCAGUAGAGUCUCUAUACUAUUAGUGAAAUAUAAGAUCAGCCACAGCACCCAGACUCUUCUGCUAGCUGCAUCAGGAACAGCACCAUGAAAGCCAGGCUCUUCCUCGUCUUCUUCCUCAUGGGCCUCCUCACCAUCUGUGUUGAGCUGCCGUCUGCAGCUGGACAACAAGUGCGUCCUGGACAGUGUCCUCCGAUUAAAGGCCCUGGCACAUGCGCAAUCUCCUGUCAGAGUGAUGAGUCUUGCGGCCCUGGGAGCAAGUGUUGUAGUACUGGCUGUGGAUUUGCAUGCAAAAGAGUCGUUGAAGUGCACCCUGGACGGUGUCCCCGGCCCACUGGAGCUGGGCUUUGUGUGGAACGCUGUAAGGGUGAUGCCUCUUGCUCACCUGAGCAGAAGUGUUGCAGCAAUGGCUGUGGCCACGAAUGCAUGAGAGCCAUUAAAGGGUAACUUGGACUGCAGAGUGGAUGAGCCCCUCCGUGAGACUCCUCACCUUGAACAGGCACCGCAGCCGACUUCUCUCUGGCUUCCUUGGGAGCAGAAGACUGUGCAGUGGCCUGAAACCCAAGGCUCACCCAAUAAAAAUGAUAUGAGUUUCCCAUGAA